AACUGCCGAAAAAAACCGUUCCGUAAUUGAUUCAUGUAUUUACUUUUGGUUAGAUUUGCGAUAUAAAAAGCGAAAAAAGAUGCAUUAAUAAAAUAAUUUAAAAAAAAAAAGGUUGAAAGAAGAUUCAGCAAGUUCUCGAGAUAGAUUUCAGAUAAAGUCUUUCUGAGGAUUAUCAUGGGCAGUCUGCCGGACGUCACUGAGCUGAGAACACGGCUGGAGAACACUCUGAUCUCUUACCAUAACCUGGAAGAGAAGGAGUGGAAAGUGGCAAAGAAAUCGAAAGAUGUCACCGUUUGGAGGAAACCUUCGGCAGAGUUCAGCGGCUUCCUGUAUAAAGUGGAGGGCUUGGUGAUGGAGAAGCCGUGCAGGAUAGUGGACUACAUCCGGCCGGGACCGUAUCGGUUACAGUGGGACAGUCUGAUGACCACCAUGGACAUCGUACAAACUCUAGACAAGGCGUGUUGUGUGAUGCGCUACACCACUGCAGGACAGCUGUGGAACAUCAUCGCUCCUCGAGAGUUCGUGGAUUUCUCCUACACCACCGAUUACCAGAGUGGCCUUCUGUCCUGCGGUGUGAGUGUGGAGGGUGAGCAGCGGGAGCAGAGCUGUGUGAGAGGUUAUAAUCACCCGUGCGGUUGGUUCUGCGUUCCCGUCGAUGGCGGCGAAGUCGACGGCGCCCCCUGCAGUCUGCUCAACGGGUACAUCCAGACCGACCUGAGGGGCAAAAUCCCGCAGUCUGCGGUGGACGUCGCCAUGGCAACCUCGCUCAUCAACUUCUACGCUGACCUCAAGAAAGCACUCGCAACCUAGACCUGCCUCAUUCUCUCUCUAUCUCUCUCUCUGUCUGUCGUUCUCUCUCUCAUUCUCUCUCUCUCUCUCUCUCUCUCUGUCUGUCGUUCUCUCUCUCUUUCUCUCUCUCUCUCUCUCUAGUACGCCUUCCAUGUACCCAAAUCCCUCAAUAUAAUAAAUACGGCAUUAUAUUUUUAUAAAAAGUGAAACAUAUAUAGAGAUAGAUAGAUAGAUAGAUAGAUACGGCAAAAGCACUCACAACCUAGACCUGUCUCACUCUCUUUCUCUCUCUCUCUCUCUCUCUCCAUCUCUCUCUCUCUCUAGUACACAUUCCAUGUACGUGAAUACAUGAAUAUAAUAAAUACGGCAUUAUAUUUUUAUAAAAAGUGAAACAUAGAUAGAUAGAGAGAUAGAUAGACAGAUAUGGCAAAACUGCUCACAACCUAGACCUGUCUCUCUCUCUGUCUCUCUGUUUAUCUUUCUCUCUCUCUGUCUCUCUCUGUUUCUCUCCCUCUCUCUCUCCAUCUCUCUAUCUCUCUCUCUAGUACACAUUCCAUGUACAAGAAUCCCUCAAUAUAAUAAGCACGGCAUUAUGUUUUUAUAAAAAAUGAAACAUAGAUAGAUAGAGAUAGAUAGAUAGACAGAUAGAUAGAUAGGGUGAAUUUGCCCUUGUAGCGUUGAGGUCAGAUUGUUCUCACUACUAGUUGUGUGACGAUAUCCUAAAUUCCUCAUUGCGCUCGAUCAGGAAGCGAUAUAUCGUCCGAGCCCUGCGUCCGAGCGUGUAAUUAACGUUACGUCUAUCAGCUGAACCGUACACUCGAGAACGUUUCACCCUUCUCUGUACCAUUAUCGCAAAACUUGUACCUAUUUCUGAUCAUAUUAUCACAGACUCCCGUCAGACUGAUGUAUCGUCACACCACUAGCGCUAGGACCCAGAACAAGUGAUCCAUUUCGUGUACAUAAAAAACGAAACAUAUAUUUCAGGUUAUUUAUUUACGUGUUUACGUGUACAAAGAGAAAACAUGAAAGAAUACACAUGAAUUAAAAAAACAGCAUGCUACAUGAAAAAAAAAAGAAAUAUUUUUCUGUGAGAGUGUAUAAGAAACACUUUAUAAACGAUAUAUCUCAGGAUUUUUUUUCCUUAUAUGAUUAUAAAUGUUAUGGUGCUGAUUUAUGGCAAGCAUUACACAUCUCUUUAGUCUAAAAUGGCAACUGUGUAAGGCAUAAUCAAUCAUUAUUUUCGACUAGUAAAAAAAAAAAAAUACGAUUCAAGAUAUUACUUUUGACUAGUUUUCAGUUUAGAGUUCGGUUUGUUUAGUUUUGUGUGGAAAUUAUUUCUGAAAAUCUAAUUUAAGCAGCAAAUACUACAGCAUAUGUUGCAUUAUAAGCAGAAAAACAGAAAGGUAAAUUGUGUUUCUUCACUUUUUAUUUAAAUUAAUUUGUUUUUCAUUCAUCAAAAGUCUCAAAAUUCAGAAAAUCAGAAAGUGCCACUUGCAAUUUUUACUAGAGGUGCCAAUAUUUAUGGUUUUGCUGUAGCUUUUAGACACUAAACUUUCUGUAAUCUUUGUGUCUUGCUACAAAUUAAAAGAAGGGAAAGAUUGUGAUAUUUUUCCUUGCUGUGAAAAACUGGCUUUUUUUGAGAUGCGUAUUCCACAUGGCGUGUAUUUACAUCAUCAUUAUUAUUAUUAUUAUUAUUAAAAUCAUUAAAAUGAAUAUAACUGAAGUGUGUUUCUGCUCCUGUCCUUCAUAUCUUUGUACUUUAUAAACACUGAGUAAGCUGUGUGUAAGCUUGGAAACAGGUAACUACGCCCUGUUUACAUCUUUUUUUUCCAAAUUCAUUAGAAAAUAAACUGAAAAGAAGAAUAAAUCUGAUAUUCUGACCUUCACAACAUGUUAAAGUCAAAACAAAACAACAAAAAGCAGCUAUCAGAUGCACUGAGCGUUAAUCUGAGCUCUGGCUUCUUCCCGGUGAAUAUUUGGUUUAUGAUAUUUUUAUCCUCCAGUAAACACAGCUUCUGAAUAAAGUGUUUAUGUACACAGCAUUACUGAGUUUCUGGACUUUUACUGAAUGUUGGGUUUAAAAAAAAAACAGCAGCGUGGGUCUGUGAUCAC